AUGUCCAAGCGCAAGGCUGUCAACGACGACUCUUCGGCGCCAAAAGUUGCCUCGAUCUUUGUGAAAAAGACCAAACCGUCCGUGGCGGAGGACGACGGGAACCAGAAAAAGUGGAAGUUUUUGUGCUGGAAUGUCGCCGGGCUUCGUGCGUGCGUCAGAAGGAACGACUUCUCGGAAGUGCUCACCGAGGAGCCCGACAUUGUCUUUCUGAGCGAGACCAAGUGCAAGGAGUGGCCCCCGGAGAUUCUGGAUACGUUUGAGGUUGAAAAUAUCGGCCUAACAUUUGAAAAUUGGGGAGUUUUUUUUAAGGAUUACACAAAAACGUUAUUGGUUUCGGAGGAAAAGAACGGCGGCUACGCGGGCGUCGGCCUUCUGAGCAAAGUGGCGCCGUUAAGCGUCGUCAAGGGCAUCGGAGAGCCGGAAUUCGAUUCGGCCGCCCGUCUCCUCAUCGCCGAAUACGCCAAUUUCUAUUUCGUCGGCGCGUACGUCCCGAAUUCGGGCGCCAGAUUGGUGGCGAUCGACAAACGCGAGCGCUGGGAACGGCUGAUGCUCGCGAAGAUUCGCGAGUUGGACGGCAAGAAGCCGGUCAUUUACGGAGGCGAUUUGAACGUGGCGCACGAAGAAAUCGACCUGAAGAACCCGGCGUCCAACCGGAACAAGACGGCCGGAUUCACGGACAAGGAGCGCGGAUGGUUCUCGGAUAUGCUCGCCGCCGGAUUCAAAGACACGUUCCGAGAAAUGCAUCCGGACGAGAAAAAGUAUUCAUUUUGGAGUUAUAUGGCCAAUGCGAGGAUCAACAAUGUCGGAUGGCGCCUCGAUUAUUACGUGGUCAGCGAGCGGAUCAUGGAGAAGGUGAGGCGAACAUUUAGAAGCACUUUUUCUUGAAAAUCGGGAAAAAAACAUCAAUUUUCUAGAAGAUAUUUGGGAAAUUUCGAACAAAAGUGUUUCUUUAAAAGAAAUUCUUUGAAACCUCAAAUUUAAAAUAUUUUCCAGGUCACACACAGCGAUAUCCGAACGAAAGUGAAGGGAAGCGACCACGCGCCGAUCGUCAUGCAACUAGAGUUGUAA